UGGAAAGAGACUAGAAGGACUUGUAGACGGAACGCGAUUCUUCGCACGCGAACACCCGACACAUAUCCGACGCUGCUCGUACUCGACCUUAGGACGCGCGAUGACGACACUGGGUAACUGCGCUCUGCCGAUCUUCCUCUGGUCGAUCGCGGCAGCCUGGGUAGCAGCCGGUCCCGUUCAGGCCGGGCAGAACGUGAUGCAACGGAGCCAGUACGGGCCGACGGCGGCGGAGAUUCUCGCCGCGUACCUCGAGGACCACGGUCCGACGGGGCAAACGGCGGCAAAAGGGGAGCCGCAAUCGAGCCGGGAUCGGGAAUGGUUCGGUGCUCGCCGGCCCUCGAACCAGUCAGACCCGGCCACGGAGGUCGCGAGGUUCGAUCGAAAUCUAGAUCAAAUCGGUGGCGGUAAUCUGCUUCGCUCCGUCGACGAUCGGUUCUCGCGGAAUCUGGAUCAGAUCGGUGGCGGGAACCUGGUGCGCUCCAUGGACGAUCGGUUCUCUCGAAAUCUGGAUCAGAUCGGUGGCGGGAAUCUGGUGCGCUCCACGGACGAUCGGUACUCUCGAAAUCUGGAUCAGAUCGGUGGCGGGAAUCUGGUGCGCUCCAUGGACGAUCGGUACUCUCGAAAUCUGGAUCAGAUCGGAGGCGGGAACCUGGUGCGCUCCGCGGACGAUCGGUACUUGCGAAAUCUGGAUCAGAUCGGCGGCGGGAACCUGGUGCGCAGUUUGAGCGGCCCCCGUGACGACUUCCGACGAAACCUGGAUCAGAUCGGUGGUGGAAAUCUGGUGCGAAACUUGGCACGCGCCGUCCACCAGCUGCAGUCCCGCGCAGCGGAGAACGACUCGCGUGACGCGAUCGACGCUCCAACCGGGCAAUAAGAGACGGCAGGUUUAGUUUCGUCCCGUUCUUCGCUCGGUUGAAGAACGUCCGCGAGCAUAGCCGACGAUAGGAUCGUCUUUGUAUCGAAUUCCUUGCAUUAGACAAUAAAAAUCGUACGUACGAACGA